AUGAACAACAUCAAAGUGAUAUACUGUGUUCUUAUCUUGGCAAUACUGGCAACAUGGUGCAACGCACGGGCAACAAUGGAAGAUUUAGAAGAUGGUGAUUUUAACGAUGAGACUCGAGAAAUUGCUCGGGAAUUGCUCAAGCGAUUCUUUAAUAAACGUUGCACUAGUGCUGGUUCUCGUUGUUCUCAAGGAACUGACUGUUGUGGCACUUCUAGUACUGGCGGUGUUUGUGCUUGUAACGCCGGUACUGAUAACUGUUUUUGUACUUAUGGUGGUGAUUUUGCUAAAGAUUUUGGUGGUACCGUUGCAAAUAGAAAAAGAUAUGAAUGGAAUUAUUAA